GAGGAGAGAGGGAACAUUGAACCAGAAGCAAGAGAGCCUUCAUCAAUGGCGUCUUCUCUGAACGAAUCAUCUCCAUACAAUAAAUUUGAGAUAAGGAGGAGGAAUCCAGACCCUAAAUCAUGUGCCCUUUUGGUCAUUGACAUGCAAAACUGUUUUUCUUCCAUAGCCAAGCCUAUCCUCUCCAACCUCGCCACCACAGUCCAUCUCUGCCGGAACGCUUCCAUCCCCGUCAUCUUCACCCGCCACUGCCACAAGUCCCCCGCUGACUACGGCAUGCUCAGUGAGUGGUGGAACGACAACCUCGUCCUCGACGGCACACCGGAGGCGGAGCUUAUACCAACACUUGAUCGGAAGCCGGAGGAUAUGGUGGUGGAGAAGAACACUUACGGCGCAUUUAGAAACACUCAGUUGGAGGAGAAGCUUGUGGAGAUGGGAGUAAAAGAGGUGAUUGUGACGGGCGUGUUUACGAACCAGUGCUGCGAGAUGACGGCGCGGGAGGCUUUCGUGAGAGGGUUUAGGGUUUUCUUCUCUGCGGACGCCACCGCGACGUCAGAUUCGGAGCUCCAAGAGGCCACUUUGAAGAAUAUGGCUUUUGGGUUUGCUUAUUUGGUAGAUUGUCAAAGGCUUCGACAUGCUCUCUCCAUAAAAUAA